AUGAGAGGCUUGCCAUUUCCCUGUAUCGGCCUCUUCCGAUUCCUCGACUUUCCUGCCUAUCUUCAACCAGUGUACCCAGAAGUUCUCUCGCGCAUUCGCGCCGGUGAAACGUUCUUGGAUCUCGGCUGCUGCUUUGGUCAGGAUAUUCGCAAACUCGCGCACCACGGUGCUCCAGCUGAAAACCUCAUCGGUGUCGACACUGAGCCGCGCUUCCUAGAUCUCGGCUACCAGCUGUUUAAAGACAAACACCGACUGAAGGCCCAUUUUCUGACAGGGGAUGUCCUGGAUGAGGAAUUUUUAGAGGACUGGCGCGGCAAGAUCGAUAUCAUCUUCCUCGGUUCAUUUCUGCAUCUGUUCAACAUAGAGCAGCAGAAGGCAAUCGUACUGCAGCUGAGUCGGUUAUUGCGCGGGAGAGGUUCGCUGGUCUUUGGACGCCACCUCGCCACAACAGGAAAAGGAGGUACUCUCUGCGAGAAUGCGUGCGGGUGGUCGCUGUACCAUCAUAGCCAGGAAACGAUUCGUCAUCUCUGGGAGGCAGAUCCAAAUGGGAAAUGGGAGGUCACUUCUGACUUGAUCCCGUAUGCGUCUGAGUCGUGUGAUAACGGUGUGAAAUGGCAGGGAGGUGAUGAGAUUAAACAGCAACGAGUCAAUGGCCAGCUCGUCGCCUCCCAACCUCAGCUCAUUAAUCUCGACCGCGUCGGCCUCGUGGAACGAAAGCGCAUUUUCAGCGAAAUAGAAGCCCAAAUCCCCCUACGGCAAGUACCAGACGAUAUCAGCGAACAGUCGGUCACUGUCACCGAUUUUACGGUCCCAGCCCGAGAUGGCUAUGCAAUACCGGUUCGGAGCUACGUUGCUACGAGGGCACCUCCGAACGAGCGUGGACGUCCAAUGCUCAUCUAUCUCCAUGCUGGCGGGUUUCCGUUCGGUGGCCUCGAGAGCGGCGAUUUAAAUUGCCGUGUGCUGGCAGUUAGGCUCAAUAUCAGUGUUCUUAAUGUGGGAUACCGACUUGCACCCAAAUGGCCGUUUCCGCAUGGCUUGAAUGAUAGCUAUGAUGCCACAGAGUGGGCCGCCAUCAAUGGAGAAGCCCAUCUCAGCGCGUCCCCUGCAAGAGCAGGUGCGCGCGACGCCGGGCUCUCUCCGCCAAUCACAGGCCUCUUCAUCUCCAUUCCGGUUUGCUUGAUGCCGCAAGCAUACCCACUUGCUCCGGCGGAAUGGACAGAGAAGCAUCUCCUCAGCCUCGAGCAAAACGCCGACAACCCCUUGCUAACCCGCAAAUCUCUUACCGAUAUCCAAGACCUAUAUGGUUGUCCGCCGGAGGAUCCGAGGAUCUCGUUUCUGCUGAACAAAGACCACUCCAAACUCCCGGGGCGAGCGUAUUUCCAGAUCUGCGGACGCGACCCGCUUCGCGAUGAAGCGUUUCUCUGGCAGAGGUUGCUGGAGCGGCAUUCGGGGACGAAGAGUAAGAUUCAUCUUUACUCGGGGCAGCCGCAUGGGUUCUGGAGGUUUCUGCAGAUGGAGGUGAGCCAGGGGUGGUUGGAUGAUGUUGUUGACGGGAUUGGGUUCUUGUGCGCGGAGGAGGAGCGGGCGCAGCAGACGGAAUUGGAUGUCAAAGUAUAG